GACAAAGGUAGCCAAAGGAAGAAAGUUGGAGAUAAGAAGUGAAUGAGAGUGGACCCAACAAGGAAACAACUGCUGAGGUGGCUAAAAUUUUGAGAAAGCCUAACUGAGGUAAUUUUGUUCAUGAAAACUGCAGAGAAGACACAGAAAGAAGCAUUGUCAACUCCAGAAGAAAAGAAAAAGCACUGUAAUCAGACUGUUAGAGGAGGCAGAGAGAGAAAGAGAUCAAGAAAAAGGAAAAAAAAAAAUGGGCUUUGAAAUUUGAACUUCGAAGAGAGAGAAAUAGUGUGUGGAAUGGAGAGGAGAGAGAAAGGUGUGGAGGGAGAGGACAAAAGAGGAGGAUUAAUGGUGGAAAAGUUGAGGGAAGGAGUGUUGGUGGGGAAAAAGGGAGGGCCUAGUACUCCUCCACCCACAUGGAGACUUGAGCUUCCAUCGCAGUACAAUGGCAGUGACAACGUUCAAGAGUUUCUAAAUUUUCCCACUUGUUCUUCUCUUUCGGCCAGAAAGCUCUGUGCCAACCUCUGGGAACUUCUGCCCCACCAACAGCAACACACCCCACCUGUCAAAAUGAACAGGCUUGCCACCAACCUCAGCCGCCGCCGCCGCCGUAACCGCCGCCGUUUCCGCCACCCUAAGGACACGGGUUCCGAAGUGAACAACAACCAAUUGGCUGAGCCUCCAGACACCCCUUCUGGUUCUGAUCAGCCAGCAUCAUCUAGUAGCUCAAGAUCUGUUGCAGCAUCUUUUGUUCGACACCGUACAUCAGUAAGAAAUGGCCGUGCUUUAGAGCCUGUAUCCCCUGCUUGUUACAGUAGCUCAGAGGAAGUAGCAUCAUAUACAUGUGCAGUAACCCCCAAAAGCUCGGUAGACUUCAAAGGUAGGAAUGAAGGGUCAAGCUACAACCUUAAGACAUCCACAGAAUUACUUAAGGUACUCAACCGUAUUUGGAGCCUUGAAGAACAGCAGGCAUCAAACAUGUCAGUGGUGAAAACUUUGAAAACUGAACUAGAUCGCUCUCAAGCACGGAUAAAGGAGUUAAAACGAGAUAAGCAGAUGAAUCGGCAGGAAAUGCAGAACUUAAUACAGCAACUGACAGUGGACAAACUUAUUAGGAAGAAUAAAGAACAUGGUAGAAUUAAAGCUGCAGUUCAAUCAAUCAAGGAAGAGCUAGAAGAUGAGAGGAGGUUAAGGCAGCAUUCUGAAAGCCUGCAUCGGAAACUGGCUAGGGAACUUUCUGAAGUGAAGUCUUCCUUCUCUGGUUGUUUGAGAAAUCUUGAAAGAGAGAGAAAAGCCAGGAUUCUUUUGGAGAAUCUGUGUGAUGAGUUUGCCAAAGGAAUACGAGAUUAUGAACAAGAGGUACAUUCUCUUAGGAGGAGUUCUGAGAAGGGUCAGGGUCAGGUUCAGGUUAAAGGGAAUAAUAAUAGCCUUGAUAGGCUUAUACUUCAUAUUUCAGAAGCUUGGCUUGAUGAGCGCAUGCAGAUGAAGCUGGCUCAAUCUGACAGUCAUCUCUUAGAGAGAAAUUCAAUUGUUGACAAGUUAGGUUUUGAUAUUGAAACAUUCCUUCAUGCUAAAAGAUCAGUUGACUUGAAAAAAUAUGGUUAUACCUCACCAAAGGAACUCACUGAAAUCCACCCUUGUGAGCAUUCAUUGGAUUCGUUCCCACUAAAAGAGGGUGGAAGUGCACCUCAAAAUGUGGGUCUGGAAGAUUCCAUUGAUGACGUUUUUGAGCCAAAAAGGGCUAAUGGGGAAGGACUUCAUAAACUCAGCUCAAGCCUACAGGCAAACAUGGACAGGAGCAUGUCAUAUGAUGCUGAGAGGUUUUUUGUGCAUAGGAAAUCAAGAGAAAUGGGAGAAUACAGCACUGCUCUACUAAAUGAAGAUGCCAAACAUGAUCCACCAGAGAGUGAUGGACCCUGGAUUCUGAGAAUGAACUCAAGUCACAGGCCAGAUAUUCUGGUUGGGAACAGUUCCUUGUCAUCAGAGGGUGAUAAGAUUUAUCCUGAGAGUAUUUGCAAGGAAGACUACUCUGUCCACUCUGCAGUUACUACUAAUGGCAGUCCUGGAAAACUGUGGAAAUCUAAGUUUUCUGUUUCAGAUUUUGACAAGUCUGAAUCUUCUUCCAAAUUGCCUGUGGGAGUAAAGGAAAACACAUUGAUGGCAAAACUCCUCGAAGCAAGAUUAGAGGCACAGAAAUAUCGCAGUAGAGCCAGCAAAAGCACUUCUUGAUCAACUAGAGAAGUUAAUAAUGUGGAAAUGGGUAUUACAGUAGGACCUUUCUUAUAAUUCGAGUAGCCAUCUUGUACCUUGAAUAAUCUUUAGCUAUGUACAUGGUUGAAUGAAAAUCAGUGUUGUAUCCAUUAUCUGUAAAAGAUAUUUGAUCUCACUGUGCCUACCAA